UUUUGGCUCGUUAUUUCGCUUCGCACCGUGUUUGCGUUCACAACUCUUGUUCGGGUUCUGCAUUUUAUUUUAUUAUUAUUAUUUUUUUUUGUUUGUUGCUAUUCGGUAAUCCUUCACAUCACAGUCAACCAAUGGGACCAAAUCACUGCGACUCGAACUGGACACAAUCAGCAUCGGAUCGCAGGGAGCAACAGGAGGUGGUGGUGGUGGAGCAGCAGCACCAGAAGGCGACGGGGGAGCGGCCAACAUAGGAGCAGCAACGUCGGCAGCAGCUGCCCAGGGCCCCUCGAGGAUGUCUAGCCGGAAGCUGCCAGGAGGCUCUGGAGGAGCUGACGAAGUCACAACAAUAACAACAACAACAGCUGCCCCCCUGGACGACAAUGCCAAUGCCAGCGUGGAGAUUCCGGCCAGCAGCGAGGAGCCAUCUACGGGCGUCGGCGAAGAGCUGGCCAUCAUUAACAAAGCAAGCACUCCAACGCCGCCAGUGGAGGCGACUGAGGAGCCACCAUCAGCAUCAGAGGUGGAUGGUGAAAAGGAGGAGGAUGCCAAGGAAUCGAAUCCAGGAUCCAAAACGCCUAGGUCAACGCCAACGCUCACGCCGGCCGUCACGCCCAGCAGCAGCAGUGAUGGUGUGGCGGCCAAGAGCGUGAGGAUUACCCGGCACUCGUCGCCACUGCUCCUACUCAGCUCGCCCACGACCAGUAGGCGUGAGGCCGGCGACGGAGCACUGGACACCACCGAGGAGCCAACGGGAUCGGGCGGCCAAAGGAAGAGCUCUGUGGAGCGAUCCAUGGCGCCGGUCAUACGCGGACGCAAGUCCAUUAAAGAUAUGAAAGAAGCCAAAGAAGUCAAGUCCGAGGAGACGCCAGCAGUGGCAGCAGAUUUAGCAGCUGCAGCUGCAACUGGAGCAACGCCUGGCCAGGUCAAGGAGGAGCAGGUCGGCGAGGGAAACGAACUAGAAUCCCUGACAGCUACGGACAAAAAAGACCACAAAGAUAUAAAAGACAAGGAGGAAGAGCGCCAAAAGGAUAUCCAUGAGGAUACACAGAAAAAAAUAACUGCUGAGUCAGAAGUAAUUGCAGAGAAAGAAAAAUCCGUAGAGAAAGAAAAAGAUACGGAGAAACAAAUAGCUGCAGAGAAAGAAAAAGAAAGCGCUGCCAACAAGGAUGCAGAUAAAGAUAAGGAUAAGGAAAAGGCCAAGGAGGCACUGACUCCAGUGGUGCCGAUAGCGCCGGUGACACCAACUUGUAACCGCGUCACCCGCAAAUCGCAUGCCCAGGAGCAAGUGGUCAACACGCGGGUCACACGCAAUCGUCGCCAGUCCUCCACCGUUGGAGCCAUUCUCGCCUCUGCGUCCCUGGCAGCCACAAAUUCCUCAGUCACAGAGCAGCCACUACCUUCUCGCGGCCGCCGGAAGAAGCCAGUGGCGGCGGCGGCUCCACCGUUGGAGCCUGCGGUGAAGCGAAAGCGAUCCCUAGAUGCUGAAGCCGACCCGGAGGCCACCAGCAGUGCGAAAUUCAGCAAGGUGGAAGUGGUUAAGAUCGAGGAGGUGGAGACACCAGGUGAUGAGGAAUCAACUACUGUGUCCAUCAAACAGGAACCUGUUGAUGCCAGCGAGGUCAGCUCCAUUUCUCCAUCAGUCACACCCACUCCCACACCCACGCCAACGCCUGCUCCGAUAUCGGGCAGCCGGCGGGGACGUGGCCGCCCGCAGAACAGAAACUCCUCGUCACCGGCGGCAGCCACCACGCGAGCCACGCGACUGAGCAAGGCGGGAUCACCGGGCAUCCUGACGCCAGUGUCCCAGGAACCGGCGCCACCAAAGCGGCGGCGAGUCGGUUCCACUACACGGAAGACUGCCUCGGCCAAUUCACUGGCUCCCAGUUCGCAGGGCGGCGCCGGCGAUGAGGACUCCAAGGACAGCAUGGCCUCGUCCAUGGACGACCUGCUGAUGGCCGCCUCGGACAUCAAGCAAGAGAAGCUGACGCCGGACUUCGACGACAGCCUGCUUCCAGAGAGCCUGCCUUCCACUUCUGGUGUCUCGAGUGCCAAUGGUCAUUCCUGCAUCGAACCGCUCACUGUGGACACAGAGAGCAUCAACAAGCCCGCCGAUCCCGAGGUAAAACCAAAGGAGUUGCCGGCGGCAACAGCCGAGGAAUCCACAUCGCAAUCCGCCACUCAAUCUGCCACUGUGUCUGCAGCAGCGGGGAAGGCUCCAUCGCUUAGUCCUGAGAUGAUCAGCGAGGGCGUGAGUGCGGUCAGCGUGCGGAAGUUCUACAAGAAGCCCGAGUUCUUGGAAAACAACCUGGGCAUUGAAAAAGAUCCGGAGCUGGGUGAGAUCGUCCAGACGGUGAGCAGCAAUGACACGGAAGCGGAUGUGAAAAUGCUUGUUGACGGCGAGGCGAAUCAGGUGGAAUCUCCGAAGCCGCAAACCAAAGGGCACCAUGAAAAGGAAGAGAAGAAAUUGGAGCCUGGGACGGAGAAAGAGCUCGCUGCUCAACCGGAACCAAUAACCGAAGAUGUUUCUGAAAUUCUGGCUGAAGUUCCUGUUGAAAUUCCAGCUGACAUCACAGUCGAAAUUAUUGCCGAGGCAGAAGAAGACACCUGUUCCAACAGCUCUUUGAAGGCAGGUGAUCUCCGACUGGACGAGAGCAAUGAUGAGCCCGAGCUUGUGCUGGACGAUGGCCUUAUAAUCAAUGGCGAAGAGGCACAAGAUCAACCGGAGGAAGAGUUCUUCCGUUCAGAAGAAUACGACGUCCUCGAGCACGAGAUCAUGGAGGAGCUGACCAAGGAGGGUGUGUUAGAUGCUAGUGGCAAUGCGUUGAGCCAGCAAAAGGUACUAAUCGAGCAACCCGAAGAUGACACACUCGCCCAAGAUCCUCAAAGCUCUGCCGGUGCGGAAACGGUGGAAUGUUCGCCUUCCAAGGACCCCUCCCCCGCGGACGAAAUGGUGGCCAUGGAGGUGGAUGAAUCCUAUAUCGACAUUAAGCAGCAGACGGAUCAACUGUUAGCAAACCACUUGGCGGAAGGAUCCGCCACGGAUGCGGACUGCGGCCCCGAGGACAACAAGGAGAACCUGUCCACGUCUGCUGCUAGCACAGCUGCCGAGGGUCUGGACAUUCAGUUUGACCUUAAGGAGGAUGAUGACGAGGAGAAACCGCUUGCAGCGAUAGCUGCUGAACAGAAACCGGAGCUGCUCUUGGCCAAGGAGAUGGAGGAGGAGGAUGAGAAACCCAAUGGCAAGCAGGAAUCGAUCUGCGAUGAGCACCUGCAGCUACUGCAGCAGGAGCAGGAGAACCAUCUGCAGAAUCUGCGGCAGGAGCAAGAAAUUCACCUGCAGAACCUGGGCCUACUCACACACCAGGCCGCCGAACAAAGGCGGAAAUUUCUGCUCGAGGCACAAGCCCGCCAGGCCCAAAUGCAGCUCCAGCAACAUCACCACAAUCAGCACAAGCGGCAUGGAGCGCGGGGAGGGGGCAGUGCCACGCAUGUGGAAUCCAGUGGUACUCUGAAGACGGUCAUCAAGCUGAACAGGAGCAGCAAUGGAGGUGUGGGCGGCAGUGGUGGCCUGCCUACGGGGACAGUUAUCCAUGGCGGCAGUGGCUCCUCUUCCGCCUCUUCCACGUCCUCCUCAUCGGUGGGCAGUGCCACACGUAAAUCAAGCGGUGCUUUGUCCUCGGGAGCGGGAGCAGGUGCUGGAGUCCGCCGGCAAUCGCUCAAGAUGACAUUCCAGAAGGGUCGGGCUCGUGGUCACGGCGCUGCGGACCGAUCCGCCGAUCAGUAUGGGGCCCACGCCGAGGACUCCUACUACACAAUUCAGAACGAGAACGAAGGUGCGAGAAAGAUAAUUGUAGCCACUACUGGUAAUCCCGGCCGCAAGACCAAUAACCGUUUCAGCUCGACUAACAACCACCACUCCACGGUAGCCAUGCACGGUAGCAACUCUGCGGUCCAGUACUAUUCGUCACACUCGGAGAGUCAGGGGCAGGCGGAGCACGGCUUCUAUCAGAUGGUGAAGAAGGACGAAAAGGAGAAGAUCCUUAUUCCGGAGAAGGCCUCUUCGUUCAAGUUUCACCCAGGGCGGCUGUGCGAGGACCAGUGUUACUACUGCAGCGGAAAGUUCGGACUCUAUGACACCCCCUGCCACGUGGGUCAGAUCAAGUCCGUGGAGCGCCAGCAGAAGAUCCUAGCCAACGAAGAGAAGCUGACGGUGGAUAACUGCCUGUGCGACGCCUGUUUCAGACACGUCGAUCGGCGAGCGAAUGCGCCAUCCUACAAAAAGCGUCUGUCGGCUCCAGGUCACCUGGAAACGGGCGUAGGCAGCUCCGCGGCGGCAGCUGCCCUGGAAAAGCACUUCGCUGGCGACAGUGGUGGUGUUAUUCCGGAAGUGGCCGGAGGAGAGGCGGGCUCUUCGGCAACGGGAGCCGCGCAGCAUCGCUCCUGUGCCGUUAAGGACUGCGUUGAGGCGGCAGGACACUCGCUGCGGCGCAAGUGCAUCCGCAAGAGCGUGAAGAAGUUCCAGCUCAGUCUAGAGAUCCCCGCGGGCUCCUCGAUCGUGUGGCUGUGCGAGGCGCACUACAACACGGUCAUCCAAUUCUCCGGCUGCGUACUCUGCAAGCGGCGGUUGGGCAAGAACCAUAUGUACAACAUAACCACGCAGGACACAGAUCGGCUGGAGAAGGCGCUGUCUGAGAUGGGCAUCCCGGUCCAGCUUGGCAUGGGUACUGCCGUCUGCAAACUGUGCCGCUACUUUGCCAAUCUGUUGAUGAAGCCUCCGGAUAGCACCAAGUCCCAAAAGGCGGAGUUCGUCAAGAACUACAGGAAGAGGCUCCUAAAGGUGCAUAAUCUGCAGGAUGGCAGUCACGAGGUGUCCGAGGCGGAUGAAGAAGGGGCCCCCAAUGCGACGGAGUCGGAGAGGGCAACCGCAGACGGCCAGGAGGAUGCCGAGAUGCCCAUGGUCGUGGACUAUGAUGGUCCAACCGACUCCAAUUCCAGUAGCUCUUCGACCGCAGCCCUGGACAGCAGCAAGCAAAUGUCGAAACUGCAGGCAAUCCUGCAGCAGAAUCUUGGCGCAGAUCCAGCAGGAGUACCAGGAGCAGCAGCAGCUCCAGCUGGUGCCGGAGGAAGCGGAUCUGGUGCAGAUAUUUCGAACGUGCUUCGCGGAAAUCCGAACAUUUCGAUGCGUGAACUGUUCCAUGGCGAGGAGGAGCUGGGUGUGCAGUUUAAGGUGCCGUUCGGCUGCAGUAGCAGCCAGCGGACGCCGGAGGGCUGGACUCGGGUGCAGACCUUCCUACAGUACGACGAGCCGACGCGCCGCCUCUGGGAGGAGUUGCAAAAGCCGUACGGCAACCAAAGCUCCUUCCUGCGUCAUUUGAUCCUGCUGGAGAAGUACUACCGCAACGGAGAUCUCGUCCUGGCACCGCACGCCUCCUCCAACGCCACGGUAUAUACGGAGACUGUCCGCCAGCGUCUAAACUCCUUCGAUCACGGUCACUGCGGAGGAUUGAGCAGCACAGGCAGCCCUUCUUCCUCAGGUUCCAGCAAGCGCAGCGGUAUACCCCAGCCCGCGGGCGCUAGUGUGCUGGCCACCGCCCUCACAACGCCCAUGACUAGCCACUCGUCCUCCUCUGCGUGCAUUUCAGCCGAGCAGCAUGCAUCAGCUGAUCCCGUCAUUCCUUUGGUGGAGCUAAACGAUGAUGAUGAUGGCGAGGAGCUGGCAGGAGGACCGGUCGAUGGAGCGUCGAGUGCUAGGCAGGAAGAAUCACUUUUGGAAAGCCUUAGCACAGUCUCGGUGCACAAGUUGACCAAGCAGCUCAGCUCGAAUGCGGUGACGAUCAUCGCCCGGCCCAAGGACAAGUCGCAUCUCUCGUCCAACAGCGGAUCAUCGACGUCCAUUUCCAGCUCUUCGUCUGCGGUUUCCUCGCCAGAGGAAGUCGCCGUCACCAAGGUCACCGUAGCCGCGCCCGCACAGUCCAAGGAUGCACCGCCACUGGUGCCCGCCGGUGGCAACAGUCGCAGUAUCCUGAAGACCAAUCUCCUGGGCAUGAACAACAAAGCCGUGGAAAUUGUGCCGCUGACCCCCGCCUCGCACGCAUCCGCCUCAACGUCCUCUGCUGCAUCAUCUAAAAACUUCCUUACAUCCAUCGCCUCCCUGGCCAACAAGUCAACGUCAAGCCAUAUACCUGAGAAGCAGCAAAAGAUUCUCGACGUGGCCAACAAGUUGCUAAGCAGCCAGGGCGAACCGGUUUCCACAGCCUUGCUCAAUCUGCAGUCAAAGCUGAAGCCUCCAAUGCAUCAGCAGCAGGGCGUUGGAUCAGGAUCAGAAGCGAGAACUAGUGGCACCCAGAAGCCUCCUAAUGUGGCCCAAUUGCUAAGCUCUCCACCAGAGCUAAUCAGCCUCCAUCGCCGACGGAUUAGCGGAGCAGCAGCAGCAACAGCAGCAGCAGGAGCGGCGCCCAACAGCCUACUUGGCAAUCUUCCGGGCAAGAGGCUGCAACUUCCACGAACUGGAGCAGGGCCUUCAGCAGGAGCAGGAGCAGGAACGGGAGCUGGAGCGGCGGGAAGCCGAGCUGCGGGUGCAUCAGCGCCGCCUAAUGUGGUCAUACUGCCGGACACCCUAACAGCCCAGGAGCGGCACGAGAGCAAGAGCUGGAAGCCUACGCUGAUACCGCUGGAUGAUCAGCAGAAGGUGCCAAACAAAUCGCACGCUCUCUAUCAGACCGCCGACGGUCGCAGGCUACCGGCUCUGGUUCAGGUGCAGUCCGGUGGCAAGCCAUACCUCAUCUCCAUCUUCGACUACAACCGUAUGUGCAUCCUGCGUAGGGAGAAGCUGCUGCGCGACCAGAUGCUCAAGGCCAACGCCAAGCAGAAGCCGCAGAACCAGCAACAGGCACAAGGACAGGCGCAUCAUCAACAGCAGCAGAACUCCGCCGCAUCGGCGACGGCCUUCUCCAAUAUGGUGAAGCUUGCCCAGCAGCAUACGGCGCGUCAACAACACACAGCACGUCAACAGCUCCAGCAGCUGCAGCAGAAGCAGCAACAGCAACAGCAGCUGCCCACUUUGCAGCCAGGCGGUGCAGCGGCAGCGGCAGCGGGAGCGGCUAUAAGACUUGCCCGACUCGCGCCCAAACCAAUGCCACCGCUGACUAAUCCGCAGAUUGGCAGCCAGGCGCCCAGCUUUCAACCGUUGCUGCCCAGCCCUCUGGACAACAGCAACAACUCCUGGCUGUGGAAGAACUUUCCCGAUCCCAAUCAGUACCUGCUCAAUGGGAAUGGAGGAGGUGCCGGGAGUUCCGCCAGCAAGUUGCCACAUCUCACGGCCAAACCGGCCACGGCAACGAGUAGCGGCGGAGCGGGCAACAAAUCGGCUGGAAGUCUGUUCACCCUCAGGCAGCAGCAACAGCAGCAACACCAGCAGAAGCUCAUCGAGAACGCCAUCAUGUCGAAAAUACCCAAGAGUCUGACGGUGAUCCCGCAGCAGAUGGGCGGAAACGCCGGUGGCGACAUGGGUGGCAGCAGCUCCCCGGCAAGGACUGAUGACGGCGAAGGAGGCCACCAUGGCCAGGAGGAGGAGGAGGAGGAGCAGCUGCUUCGGUUGGCACCCGGCGCAGCAGUAGGAUCAACAAGCAGGCGGCCAGCAGUUCAAGCGGCGGCGAGCUGCAGAGCACGAGGUGACCAGCGGCGGCUCCAUGGAUAUCACAAACUCCACAAUUCCAUGGCUGCAGUAGAAUAAGUGAUACACUAAAAAACACAAUGGACGGUCAGACAGAUGAAUCAGAUGAGAAAUCAAGAUAUUUGUAAGAUUACAUAACGUUGUUUGUGUAUAAACGAGAUACGGUUACGAAUACGAUUACACUAUAAGUAAACCCCACUAGUUAGGCACUUGCGCCGAUGCCACAGAUGCAUGAAAUGAUUGAACAGAUAAGGAUGCAGAUGCCGAUGCGAAUGAGGAUACGGAUACGGAUAGUUAGAGAUACCGAUACACCUUAUUCUAAACUACGCUACUCUAUUAUUGUAGACUUAUACUAUAUUUUUUUAAUUAGAUUUACGGGCAUAAUAACUUGCGAUUCGUGUAUUAUAGAUACCAAAAUUGCUAGAGCUAAAAACGGUUUAUAAAUUUAUAAGCGACCCUAAAAACACACACUCACACAUACACACCUACUGCUGCUACACAAACACACUCACACCACACAGACACGCUACUUUAAGAGAGAGUGCAGCACAAAAUAAAAUUGUGGCCAAGAAGAUGUACCAACUUUAGGCCGCUGCUGAUCCCAGGACAGGAAACUAGAACUGGUACCAGGAUAUCCCGAAGCCCCAGUUUUUUUUUUUUUUCUUUACAUAAGUCCCAAUCCAUCCUAGGAGCAUUUUCAGCACACUACUCACGUGGCAGAUGGCAAUCCAAUCCCGCACAUAGAAUACGAUACGUUUGAUGUAGACUCCUAAUUUAUAACCAUUUUGUAUUUCCAUUUAUACAUCAAUACACAAUACGCCCCCGACCUCUCUCACUCAGCUACAGAAACAUAAUUUUAUGGACCUCUAACAUUAACUCCCCAAACUGUAAAUAUUUUAAUGGAAACAACAGAUAAAUACAAAAACUGCAAAAUACGAAUACUAAAAUGCUAAUUGAACCCCGUAAACCCAAAAUGCGAUUGUGAACCACAAUCACAAAUUGAUCGGUGUUCUCGGUGCCUCCGGUGGCCUCUGUUCCAUUCCAAGGAAUUCUAAAAUUGUAGCUGCCUAAAGCAAAGCAAGAUCGUUGGUAGUGAAGCGAAAUUAAUUUGCAAACUUUAAUGACAAAUUGAAAAGCUUUCUCGACAAAUAUAUACCAAUAAAAAGAUAUACUUAACACCCAGCAUACAUAUACACACAUAUAUGGAAUUAUAUAUAUAUACACACACGAUAUAGAUAUUUUAGAGCGAUGGCGAGAGAUACAAUUGUAAAUUAGUCCGUUAAGCAUAGAUAUAUUUAUACACAUAUGAGAAUUCAAUUGUUGUUGUUAAACAUUGAAAAUGUAUUUAUAAAGCGGAAGUUGAUUGAUAUCAAACAAACCAUACAAGAAACGCGAAAGGAAACCAACUUUGGCCUGCCAAAGUUAAUAUACCCUUGCAGUUAUAUAACCAGAUGUUUAGGAAAUAGUCGAAAGUACAAAACUAAAUAGAAACGACAAUCUUUUGUUUCAUGUUAAAUCUGAAAAUCACAAAGAAGUAAGUUCAAGUGAAUUAGUCUUCCUACUUUGACACCACGCAUAUGAUCUCCCAAUAACCGUUAUAAACGACAACCUAUCAAGUUUCAUGUGAUUAUCUUUAAAAGUUGCUGUAGUUUUAGGGUAGAGUUGUCCGAUAUUAACAAAACUUUACAGAUCUCCGUACAACCGCAAAUACAAUAAGCUUCCCAAGUUCCUGUAGGUAUCUUUAAAGCAGAUCAGGAAAAAGGAUUGGUUGAUGUUCAAAUCGAUAGAUAGCUGAGAUAUUGAUAUUAUAAAUGCCUCUGCAAGGGUAUAUUAAAAGAAUGCUUAGUCCUACGUCGCUGCUUUGGUGCGGAUGCGAAUAGGACCUGGAAAGUGGAGAAGAGCAGUUCCCAGGACUUCUCUCUGAUGACCAUGAUGAACAUAGAUUGCCUUGAUCGAACCUGGUUUUGUAAAGCCGCAUGGAGAAUCGUGUGCCUGUGGGUGAUUUGGCGCGUGCGUGUGUUUGUGCUGUGUUUAUGUAGUACUUUGUAGCUGAUAGAUCAUUCGAUCCAAACACAUCUUAUAAUUACAACUUAUUUAUGCAAUUAUUUUUAAAAGAUUAACAAAAAUCAAAAUUUCAACGAAUCAAGAAAUAAAUUUCCCCAUGUCCAGCUAAGAAA